CUGUCAAACAACAGUCAAUGGCGUCUUUUUUCACGCUAUCGGCAAAAAUAGCAAAAUUUUCCUCUGUUUGGUGAUUUCGCUAAACCUUCGUACUUUGCGUACAAACGUACAAGUGACCCGCCACCAAUGCCGGCUGCUUGGUGCGUUAGUUUCAUUUUAGUUGUUUUCCUUUAGUUAUUGUUUUCCACCGAUUGUUGUGUCGGACGAUGGACAUACCAGCUCCAUCACCACCAAAUGAUAUCGAACUACGGAACAUAAUUGACAAGCUAGCCGACUUUGUGGCACGCAAUGGACCAGAGUUUGAGUCGAUGACAAAAUCGAAGCAGAGAGGCAAUCCAAAGUUUGCAUUUCUGUACGGCGGCGAAUUCUACAAUUACUACCAGUACAAAGUGAUAACAAAGCAAGCAAUGAUGAAGCAGCAACAGCAGCAACCACAACAAAACAUGUCAUUGCCCUCGCUGCUGGGACAGCACGGUAUUCCACCGCUGUUGGCGGGAUUCGGUCAGCAACCGCCACCGCAAGCUCAACUACCGCCCAAUGUCGCCAUGCAGCAGCACCAGCAACAGCAGCAGCUCCACCAUCAACAGCAGUCACAAGCGCAACUUUCCGGCCAGCUGCCGCCAGCCUCGUCGAAUCCGAACGGCAACGGUUCGAGCAACACGAUGCACCAGAUAUGGUCCAACCCACCGCCGGUCAAUGCGGGACCACCGAACAACGGUGGGCAGAUGGUGGCGAACAGUAUGAACGCCCAACUAGCGGCCCAGCUGGAAGCACUGACCAAGCAGCAGCAAACGCUCACCGAGCAGAUACGCCAGUCAGAAAUGAAUCUCACGGCCCAGCAUGGGGUUCUGCUUCAACAGCAGCAAGUGCAGAUCGACGAAGCCCUGAACCGGGCGCAAGAGGAAAUGCUCAUCGCCCAGUCGCAGGAGUACAAUCUGCCGCUGCACGAGUUCGACAGCAAGCUGCAGCCGAUUAUCGAUUCCUGCACGAAAGAUAGUAUAUCGAAUGGAAAAGGCUGGAUUUUACAGCAUUGUACCGAUUCGGGAAAAUGUCAAAUUAUUUCGCAGUAUCUUUUGAGAAAGGCGUUAAUAGCUGGAGUUUUAUUUACGCAAAAAUUGCACCUGAUAUAUUUAGUAAAUGAUGUUAUACAUCAUUGUAACAAAUCUUGCAGCAUCCGGAAGAACGCGGACGAGCUGAAGAAAUGCCUGGAAAGCGCGGUAAUUCCAAUGUUCUGCAACGCACAGAUUACCGCCAACGACGAGCAAAGGGUGAAGCUUACCAAACUCCUGUCGCUGUGGGAAUCGAAGGGCAACUUUUUCGAUGCCUGCGUCAUAUCGAAGCUGAAGUCGCCCCCUUCAUCGCUGCAGGAGUACCAGACCAGUCUGGUGACGCAGCACGCAAACGUUGUCGGUGCGAUUACACAAGCCACAAAGAAUACGUUCGAAAACUACCAGCAACAGCAUCAAGCAUUUGUGCAGCACGCCACGCAACAAAUAACGCUACUGGAAAAGCAAAAGCAGCAGCACCUCGAGCAGCACGCCCGUAAAACCGGCGCCCACGUACCGCUGGGGGGUGCACCCCCACCACUACUGCCGGAGCUGAUGGCCGCCGUCGUCGGAGUGACCGGUGGUGGUCCCGUGAAUGGAGGUUCGGGCGGCGGUCUGGUAGGACCAGCCCUUCCACCCUCCGCCCUACCACCGGGACCGCCGCAAGGACCGUCGCAAGUGGGUGAUCGAGGUGGGGGUCCUCCUCCGGGGGCGAAUGGUGCCGGCCAGAUUCCUUCCCUGCUCGAUCAAAACAUCAACUACGGGCUGCUGUCGGCGGCACUGCAGAAGCUGAAAAACAUCCAAGAUAACGGGCCACCGGGUGGUGGUGUUGGUGGUGUGGGAGGCAGUGGGAGCAACAUCGCUCCACCACAGGUGCCGCAGGGGCAGGGUCGUGAUGGGGAGGGAAGUGGAGAUUACACUCAACCACCGCCCAACUUCCCCAUCCCGGAUCUGUCACGACCACCGCCCAACUUUCAGUACGGUUCUGCCAACCAUCCACCCCUUGGCGAGGGUAUGGGCGGUAACAGCAACAGCGGUAUGCUUCCGGAUCAUCGUCACUCUCAGCAUCAUCACGAUACUCGGUCGAUUGAUGAUUGCGACGAGCGACAGCAGCAGCAUUCGUCAUCCGGUGGUAUGAUGCUGGAUGAUCGCGAUCGGGAUGAUUUCCAUCGAGAGGAAGGGCUACCGGAGCAUCAAGAGGACGAGCACGAUCAGCAGCAGCAGCAGCAGCAACAAGAGCAGGAGCAGCAGGAGGAGGAGGAAGAGGUCGUUCCUCCCACUCCCGUGAAGAUCCCUUACUUUGAGCUUCCGGCCGGUUUGAUGGUGCCGCUGAUCCGGCUCGAGGACUUCAGCUAUCAUCCGCUCGAUCCGGACGAAAUCCGACUACCGCCACCAACGCCGACCAACGAUCGGUUGGUGAGUGCCGUUGAAGCGUUCUACGCCCCGCCAAGCCACGAACGACCUCGGGACGGAGAGGGAUGGGAAAAGCUGGCCUUAUAUGAGUACUUCAAGGUGAAAAACGCAUCGCGCAAGCAGAAGGAGGACGAGAUCGACCGUGGGCUGCGCGACCGGUCCCGGUCCCCGUCCCCGAUCGAUCCGGACUUGCUGAAGGCGACGAAAAAGCAGAAAAAGCGUACCUAUCGCUCGAAAAGUCGAUCCCGCUCCCGAUCUCGCUCGCCGGGCGACAACGGCAUGCUGCUGGGCGGUAUGCAGCAGCACCAACAGCAGCAGCAGCAGCAGCCGCCGCCGCCGCCUUCUCACGGCCCGGGUCGAAACAAUCAGCGCCACCACCGGAAUCAUCGAUCGCGCAGCAGAUCCAGGUCGCGGUCACGGUCCAGAUCCCCUGCUAGACGGUCCCCUUCGUCCGGUGCAUCCUUGCCGGGGUCGGUCAGGCCUAGCCGGAGUCGAUCACCGGCACGUCGGGGUGGUGGUGGUGGUGGUAGUGAUCGGGAUCACCGAGAACCACGCGGUGGCGGAGGUGGUGGUCGUGAUAUAAGACGAUCACCAACACCACCUAGCUUCGGUGCUGGAGGGUACAUGAAGGCGGCUAGCAACUUUCUCGAAGAAGGCAGUAAACCCGGCGGCAGCGGGAUCGGACCCGGCGGUGGCGGCGGCGGCGGCGGAAACCACCAAUUUCACAGUGCAAUGAAGGGCGGUAUGGGCGGUGGUCCGAGUGGCGCCAUGGGAGGUGAUCGUAUCGGGCUGGGCGCUACGAUCGAACCGAUGCGACAAGAGGCCUACAAUCCAGCGGAUCCUUACGAAAGCUUUCGUAAGAACAAAGGUGCUGCGUUCAUUACGCGCAUGAAGGCGCGAGCAGAUGAGCGCAACUAGUGUGGAUGAGGGAGGAUAAUAGCGGAAAGCAGCGGCAGCAGCAUACCAUCCAUACACCAGUCAAAUUGUGCGGGCUUCCCGUUUCUUUGCCCGUGUUACUAUCUAUCUGUGUAAGAGCACUAGAGAUUGCAAAUAAAUUUAAUGUAGACUAA